CCAAGAACACGUGGAGCAUGGUGUCUACAGACGGUGCACUGGUUCAGGGCGGCUACGGCCACAGCAGCGUCUUCGACCCGGGCACCAGAGCCAUCUACAUCCACGGCGGCUACAAGGCCUUCAGCGCCACCAAGUACGGCUUGGCUGGAGACCUGUACAAGUUCGACGUGGACAAGAGGAAAUGGACCAUCCUGAGAGACAGCGGCUUCUUCCGGUACCUCCACACGGCGGUGAUAGUGAGCGGGACGAUGCUGGUGUUUGGAGGAAACACACACAAUGACACAUCCAUGAGCCAUGGCGCCAAGUGCUUCUCCUCCGACUUCCUGGCUUACAGUCUGGCGUGCGACGAGUGGACAGUGCUGCCUCGACCAGACCUCUACAAUGACGUCAACCGCUUCGGGCACUCUGCGGUCUUCAGUGACAGUGUGAUGUAUGUGUUUGGCGGCUUCAACAGCCUGCUGCUCAGCGACGUCCUCAUGUACACCUCGCCCAACUGCUCGGCCUUCUCCAGCCAAGCGUCCUGCAGCCAGGCCUGGCCGGCGAUCCACUGCGUCUGGAAUAGCACCCAGGGGACCUGCCUCCCCUGGGAGAGCAACGCCAGCGGACCUGAUCUCCAGCAGCUCCCAGCCUCCUGCAAUACAAGAUCAUAUGCCGAUAGCGAGAGGUGCGACCAGUACACGGACUGUUACAGCUGCACCGCCAACACCAACGGCUGCCAGUGGUGUUCAACCCAGUGCGUUUCUCUGGGAAGCAACUGCACCGCUGCUUCGGGCUCAAUUGGGGAAUAUGAUGUUUGCCCCAGGGACAAUCCGUCAUUCGUGUGCAACAAGAAAACCAGCUGCAAGAGCUGCGCUGUCGACCAGAACUGUCAGUGGGAUCCUCGCAACCAGGAGUGCAUCUCACUGCCAGAAAACGUGUGCGGUGAAAGCUGGCAUCUGGUGGGCAACUCGUGUCUGAAGUUCAUCACGGCGAAGGACUCGUACGACAACGCCAAGCUGGCCUGCCGGAGCCACAACGCUGUGCUGGCGUCGCUCACCACUCAGAAGAAGGUGGACUUUGUGCUGAAGGAGCUGCAGAUCAUGAGCGUGGUG